GGUAUUCAUGGCUGGCUCACUACAGGCCGCCUACAAGUGUGGAGGCAGAACUCUGUUACAACAGAACUGUCAACACACUGCUGUGCCCACACUAGCUGGCCUCCACCCUCGCUCGAUCAACUCGAGCUACACAUACUCUGCAAUACCUAGCAGCACUCCCCCAGUUAGUUAUUGUACUUGGAGCGUUGGGCAAGGUAUGUGCGUGCGUGAGAGUUAUAGCUACACACGUACAAAUCUGUAGUCGGUACAAGAGACUACUUAUGCUGCUGUUUGUUGGGCCGAAUUCAGUGCGUUAGCUGGUGUUGUGUUUCUAUUCAGUUCUUAGUCGGUCUCUAUAGCUGUGCUAACCUACUACAGCUAGUCAUUUAUAGCUGAGCAGUGUAGCUGGACAAGCUGAUCGGUGUAUAUAGCUUGACAAGCUCCUCAGUACAAUAGCCACUAUAGUAGUGUAAUAGUAGUAAUAGCCCUUGAGGACUAGAACUGCCAUGUUUCUACCUACCAAGAUGUCUGCAGGACAUUAGUGGUGUCUGAGUGCAUGAUGGGUACAUGUUGGUCUAAAGAGCGUGCAGAUGAUGCAGUCAGUCGAAGGAAGAAGACGGAUGAAAGGACACAAGAUGACAAAGUUGUUGAGAGAGAGACAUCCGUAGGGAAUCGACCAACAGCCACCACAACCAUAGAGGACAGGACCCAUAGUGAGGCUGGAGCCGGCGAAAAUGGGAUCCACCCUGUAAUCACCCGGGGAAACGAACAAAAGAGACCUCCGAAUACUGAGCUUGGAGAGGAAGAAAAUGGCGGCAUCCCGGAAGAUGGAGAACGUUUGAAAGUCGGUAAUAGUGUCAGAGACGAGGAAGCCCCUGCAAUCAAGGAGGAGACGGAGGAAGAUAAUGACAGAGGAGUGGGGGAGAGAGUGGGAGAGAAUGGAAUCGAGGAAGUUUUUGGAGCUGCAACAGAGCAGGGAACUCAAGAGGUUGCCACGGUGAAUGGCGGGGAGGCGGUUGCCAUGGUGAACGGAGAGGUUGACGGUUGUGAGGUGGUUGCAAUGGUGAACGGCGAUGCCGGGAAGAGGUGGAGUUUUCCGCCGCUACUGGAGGACUUUGACCUCAUGAAUUCGGACAUGGACCCUGCCGAGUUGGAACAGUUGUUUGCAGAUGACAGAAUGUUAGAGAUCUAUUUGGAACUGGAACCGGACAGUCCUGCACUGGGAAUCAGCAUCGUUGGGGGGAGUGGCUCACCGAGCGGGGAUCUCCCUAUCAUUAUCAAGAGGGUCCUUCCCAACAGUCUGGCAGAGCGUGACGGCAGACUCAAGUCUGGAGAUGAGCUCAUUGCCGUCAACGACACUCUGUUAGUGGGGGUGGCCAAAGACGUUGCCAUAGAGACCCUGAGCAAUUUGUCGGGCAAAGUUCGUCUGUUAGUAUUACAAGAGGAUUAAUUGAAGUGUUUAUUUCUGGAUGUAUGUCAAGUUUGUAUCUUGUUUGUAUCAUGUAAUAAUCUUUUGUACUAAUUAAAAACGUAAUAAAUUAUAAAUGUCAUGAAAUGAUUGUUUGAUUGUGAAAAAGCUGAUGUAAUGAUGAUGUCAUGACGGAGUUGAUACAGAGAGUAGGAGGGUGUUGCCGUGGGAACAGACAAUGGACUGAAUGGACGAUCCCUCAAAGAGGACUGGCUGUGGGU